AUGGCGGCGAAAUCCGAUGGCGGUGGCGUGGGGGUGGGCUUCGCCCAGCUGCACAACCUGGACGAGGCGGUGGGCAGCGGCGGCGAGGAGGACGGGGAGCCCGGGGGAGGCGGCUGCGGCGGCGGCGGCGACGGCAGCGAGCCCGGCGAGAGCAGCUCGCUGCACAUCUGCCACUGCUGCAACACCUCCUCGUGCUACUGGGGCUGCCGCUCCGCCUGCCUGCGCUCCCUCCUGGGCAAGAAGCCGCGCCGCAGCGCCGCCGCCGCCGCCCGGGGGGACCAGCCGCUGCAGCCGCCCGCGGACGCCGGUAACGGCCGCCACCCCCCGACGCCCUCGGCCGCGCGUCCGCAGCCGCCGCAGGUGGAGCGGCCGUGGCUCGACUGCCUGUGGAUCGUGCUGGCGCUGCUGGUCUUCUUCGGGGACGUGGGCACCGACCUGUGGCUGGCCCUCGACUACUACCGCAAGGGGGACUACGGUUACUUCGGGCUGACCCUCUUCUUCGUGCUGGUGCCGUCGCUGCUGGUGCAGAGCUUGAGCUUCCGCUGGUUCGUGCAGGACUACACGGGCGGCGGGCUGGGCGCCGUGGAGGGGCUCAGCAGCCGGGGCCCCCCCAUGAUGGGGGCCGGCUACGGCCACGGCGCGGCCCGCGGCGGCCCGGGCGCGGGGGGCUCGGCCACGCCGGCGCAGCGCCUGUGCCGCCUCUCCGUGUGGAUCUGGCAGUCGGUCAUCCACCUGCUGCAGAUGGGGCAGGUGUGGAGGUAUAUCCGCACCAUGUACCUGGGGAUUCAGAGCCAGCGGCAGAAGGAACACCAGCGACGCUUCUACUGGGCUAUGAUGUACGAAUAUGCAGACGUCAACAUGCUGCGCCUCCUGGAGACCUUCCUGGAGAGCGCCCCCCAACUGGUGCUACAGCUCUGCAUAAUGAUCCAGAAGAACAGCGCAGAGACGCUGCCCUGUGUCUCCUCUGUGACCUCCCUGAUGUCCCUGGCUUGGGUGCUAGCCUCCUAUCACAAGCUGCUGCGGGACUCCAGGGACGACAAGAAGAGCAUGAGCUACAGAGGGGCCCUCGUCCACCUCUUCUGGCGCCUCUUCACCAUCUCAUCCCGAGUUAUCUCUUUUGCCCUCUUUGCUUCCAUCUUCCAGCUCUACUUCGGGAUCUUCGUGGUGGUGCACUGGUGCGCCAUGGCCUUCUGGAUCAUCCAUGGCGGGACAGACUUCUGCAUGUCCAAGUGGGAGGAGAUCCUCUUCAACAUGGUGGUAGGGAUUGUGUACAUUUUCUGCUGGUUUAACGUCAAGGAAGGGCGGACUCGAUAUCGAAUGUUUGCAUAUUAUACGAUAGUCUUGACCGAGAAUGCUGCCUUGACGUUCCUUUGGUAUUUUUACAGAAACCCGGAGACCACUGACUCCUACGCGGUGCCAGCACUGUGUUGUGUCUUUGUUAGCUUUGUGGCUGGGAUCGCACUGAUGCUCUUAUAUUAUGGCGUGCUGCAUCCCAUGGGGCCACGGGCUAAGAUCUUUGCCAGCUCCUGUUGUGCCGAGCUGCUCUGGGGCAUCCCUUUGCCCCCCGAUGUUGAGCCCAUGGCACCUCAAACCCCUGGGUACCGGGGGACCCAGGUCACGCCCACCAGAGCCGUGACGGAACAACAGGAGGAUCUCACGGCUGACACUUGCUUGCCCGUUUUCCAAGUGAGACCCAUGGGGCCCCCUACCCCGACGGGGCGUCCUUACCAUCCAGAAGGGCCCCUCAUUAAGAUUGACAUGCCAAGAAAGAGGUACCCAGCUUGGGAUGCCCAUUUUGUGGACAGGAGGCUGAGAAGGACUAUUAACAUCCUACAGUAUGUCACCCCCACGGCAGUAGGCAUUCGCUAUCGAGACGGGCCACUCCUCUAUGAGUUGCUGCAGUACGAGUCUUCACUCUGA